CUUGGAAUAUUCAGUCAGAACGGUUGUGCUUGCUGUUGAUAUCGCUUCUAAAUAUUAAAACUCAACAAGUGGCAAUUUUUGUUUAAUUAUUCGAAUUAAUAAUGGCUUGCACUAAGUUCGUGACACUCAACAAUGGCGAGAAAAUGCCCGUCAUUGGCGUUGGCACCUGGCAGGCACCCGAUGACGAAAUCGAAACCGCAUUAGACGUUGCCUUGGCGGCGGGCUACAGACACAUCGACACGGCGCCAGUCUACGGUAAUGAGAAGGCAAUUGGACGCGUGCUCAAGCGCUGGCUGGAUGCGGGCAAGGUGAAGCGGGAGGAGCUGUAUAUUGUGACCAAACUGCCGCCCAUUGCUAAUCGGCCGCAUGAAGUGGAGCCCACCAUUAAGCAGUCACUGGCCGAUCUGCAGCUGGAUUAUGUGGACAUGUAUCUGGUUCACACACCCUUUACGGUAUUCAUCAAUCCGGAUGGCAGCUUUCAGUAUGACGAUGAGGGUCGCGUUAAGGUGGACAAGUCGACCAAUCAUGCCGCCGUCUGGGCGGAAAUGGAGAAACUGGUCGCAAAUGGAUUGGCCAAAUCGAUUGGCGUCUCGAACUUUAGCAAGGAGCAGGUGGCGCGUCUCCUGCAGAACUGCAAAAUACGCCCGGCCAACAAUCAAAUCGAGCAUCAUGUCUACCUGCAGCAACGUGAUCUCGUUGACUUUUGCAAGGCGGAGAACGUGGUCGUUACCGCUUACUCGCCGCUCGGCUCCAAGGGCAUUGCCAAGUUCAAUACUGCAGCCGGUGUUGUGAGGGAUUUGCCGGAUCUGAUGGACAUACCCGAGGUCAAGGAGAUUGCCGCCGCGCACAAGAAGACACCCGCCCAGGUGCUGCUGCGCUGGAUAAUCGACACGGGCGUCGUGGCCAUACCGAAGAGCACAAAUGAGGCGCGUCUCAAGCAAAACUUGGAUGUGUUUGACUUCGAGCUGAGCGCCGAGGAGGUGGCUAGGCUGUCGGCCUUGGACAAGAACAUACGCAUUUGCGACUUUUCCUUUUUCCGCGGUGUGGAGCAGCAUCCAGAGUUCACCUUCAAGAACCAAUUCACCAAUUAAAAAAGGAAAACAAUUAUAUUAAAACAUCAAAAGUGCCGUUAUUUUUCAUACAAUAAAAACACA